UAAAUCACUUAGUCAAUUCAAAGAGGCUGUUAAGGAGCAUGCCUUAUUGAAUGGUAGGGACAUUAGGUUUCAAAAAAAUGAUAAGGUGAGGUGUAGAGUUGUUUGCAAAGGAAGAAAGGGAAAGUGCAAGUGGGUUUGUUUUGCGAGUAAGGUGGGGGGUUCUGACUGUUUCCGGAUUAAGACGUUGAAUGGAAAGCAUACAUGUGGAAGGAACUAUAGCGGAAGACUUGCAUCAAGUAGUUAGAUCUCAAAGAAGAUUGCCAAUAACAUCAGUAGAGGGGAAGAGAUGAAGCUUGCGACAGUUAUUCAGACUAUACAAGACAAAUACAUGGCCAAUAUCAGUGUUGGUAAGGCUUACUGGGCAAGGAGGAAGGCAAGAGAGGAGGUACAUGGGCGGGCAAUUCAACAGUAUGCUAAACUAAGGGAUUACUGUGCAGAGAUACUUAGGACAAAUCCAGGAUCUAGUCUGACCAUAUUGGUUGAUAGGCUUUCUCUUACGCACCAGUCCCGAUUUAUGAGAAUGUACAUGUGCCUUGAUGCAGUCAAAAAAGGCUUCUUGGCGGGGUGUAGACCUAUUAUUGGCAUGGAUGGAUGUCACUUGAAGGGCGACCAUGGACAGCAGCUGCUAGUUGCUGUUGGCAGAGAUCCAAAUGAUAAUUACUUUCCCAUAGCCGUAGCUGCAGUAGAGGCAGAGACUAAGGACAGCUGGGGGUGGUUCUUGGAGAUGCUGUUAAAUGACAUUGGAGAAUCAAGAAAAUGGGUUUUUAUGAGUGACCAACAAAAGGGGCUGAUGCAAAUCUUUCAAGAGGCAUUGCCAACACUGGAGCAUAGGCUUUGUCUGAGGCAUUUAUAUGCCAACUGUAAGAAAGCAUAUGGGGGUGGUACUGUACUAAGGGACCUAAUUCUGUCUAUUGCCAAAGCUACCUAUGUGGAAGAAUGGGAAAGAAGGAUGAAUCAACUAAAGGAGCUCAACAGAGACUGUUAUGAGAAGUUGUUGGCACUGGAUCCAAAAUUGUGGACAAAGAGUCACUUUACAUUUCUGGCCAAGAGUGACAUGCUGAUGAACAACAUCUCCGAGGCAUUCAAUGGAAGAAUCCUAGAGGCAAGAGACAAGCCAAUUCUGACAAUGUUUGAAUGGAUUAGGUGCUAUUUGAUGACAAGGUUUGCAGAGAAAAAGAAGGCAGAGAGGUAUGAGGGUACACUUUUGCCAAAACCCAAGAAACGGCUAGAUAUCAUCGCAGUUAGAGCUAUGGAGUGGCAAGCUAAAUGGGCAGGAGACCUGAAGUAUGAAGUCCACCAUAAGAACAGGAUGAUCAUGGAAAGGUUUGUGGUUGAUUUGAUGGCUGGAAGGUGUAGUUGUAGGUUCUGGGGUUUGUGUGGUAUGCCGUGUCCCCAUGCUUGCUGUGCUAUCUUUGAGAAGGGUGACAACCCGGAAGAUUAUUGUAGUAACUAUUACAGCAAGGCAGCAUACCUUGCUACAUAUGGGCAGUCAAUAUCACCAAUCAAUGGAGAAAAUAUGUGGCCAAAGAUACAAUGCGAUACCAUCAUCCCUCCAAUUUUCAGAGUUAAACCAGGAAGGCCAAGGAUGGUUAGGAUAAGGGAACCCGAUGAAAACAGAUCACAGACAAAGUAUAGAAGAUCUGGAACUUCUGUUACCUGCAGUAAUUGUGGCCAAUACGGACACAAUAGGAGACUCUGUCCAAACCCUAUAGUGACAGCUCCUGAAGUCACACAAGGAUCUGAUGCUGCAACUGGAACUGGAGAAGUUGACUCUGCUGCUAAUGAACCUGCUGCUGCUGAUGAAACAAAUGGAUCUGCAGCUGCUGCAACUGAUAGAUCCAGGAUGGUUAAAGGGAGAGGCAGAGGAAGAGCAGCAGCAGGUAUGGUUAAAGGCAGAGGAAGAUCAGCAGGAGGGAUGGCCAGAGGAAGGGGUAGAGGGAGGGCUGCACCCAUGACUGCAACAGCAUCAAGGCCUUCAAACACCCUUGCACCCACAUCCCAGCCACCACACACCCCUGCACCCACAUCCCAGCCACCACACACCCCUGUCCCACCCUCACAACCUACAAACACCCAUGCACCACCAUCACAGCCUGCACCACCAUCACAGCCUACCACCUUACCCACACCCGCAUCACUGCCCACCACUUUGCCUACACAUGCAUCACUGCCCACUGCACCAGCAUCUCAACCUUUGCCCAAGACUAAAAUCUUUGGUGUCAGAAGAAGUGGAAGACUGAAGAUUGGAGUUAGGAAGCCAACAAAUCAGCCGCCUGAACAUGUUGACCUUACACUUGAUUGA